AUGGUUCUUCAAGAUUUAGGUCGGCGCAUAAAUGCUGCAGUUACAGAUCUCACAAGAUCUAGCAAUUUGGAUGAAAAGGCAUUCGAUGGCAUGAUCAAGGAGAUUUGCUCCGCAUUGCUCGAGGCCGAUGUAAAUGUAAAGUUGGUGGGAAACCUACGAAAAUCCAUUAAAGCCUCCGUGAACUUUAAAGAACUUGCACCGGCUGUCAACAAGAAGAAAGUCAUUCAAAAGGCUGUAUAUGAUGAAUUAGUCAAGCUUGUCGAUCCUCAUGCCGAACCUUUCAAGCCAAAGAAGGGCAAAGCGAAUAUCAUUAUGUUUGUUGGAUUGCAGGGAGCUGGAAAGACUACCACAUGUACAAAAUUGGCAAGAUGGUAUCAAUCAAGAGGGUUCAAGGCUUGUUUGGUUUGCGCGGAUACCUUCCGUGCAGGUGCUUUCGAUCAGUUGAAGCAAAACGCUACGAAGGCUAAGAUUCCAUAUUACGGUUCUCUUACACAAACGGAUCCAGCAGUUGUGGCGAAGGAGGGGGUGGAUAAAUUUAAGAAGGAGAAAUUCGAGAUUAUUAUUGUGGACACCAGUGGAAGACAUCGACAAGAAGAUGCUCUGUUUCAAGAAAUGGUGGAUAUUCAAACAGCUGUAAAGCCCGACCAAACUGUAAUGGUGAUGGAUGCCAGCAUAGGACAGCAAGCUGAGGCGCAAAGUAAGGCCUUCAAAGAAACCGCCGACUUUGGAGCUAUUAUUAUCACGAAAACCGAUGGCCAUGCAAGCGGAGGUGGUGCAAUCUCCGCAGUUGCAGCAACACAUACACCUAUCAUAUUUAUCGGAACUGGAGAACACAUGCUUGAUUUAGAAAAGUUCGCACCCACACAAUUCGUUUCCAAACUACUGGGUAUGGGAGAUAUGCAAGGACUUAUGGAGCAUGUUCAGUCUUUGAAGUUAGAUCAAAAAGACACCAUGAAGCACAUCGUGGAGGGUAUUUUUACAGUUCGUGAUCUUCGCGAUCAAUUAUCUAAUAUAAUGAAGAUGGGACCUCUUUCGAAAAUGGCUGGUAUGAUUCCGGGUAUGGGAAAUAUGAUGCAAGGAAUGGACGAUGAGGAUGGUGCCAUGAAACUCAAACGUAUGAUUUACAUUUGUGAUUCUAUGACGGCCAAAGAACUCGAUUCAGACGGAAAAAUAUUCCUCGAACAACCUACUAGAAUGACGAGGAUAGCUUGCGGCAGUGGCACAAGUGUUAGGGAAAUAGAGGACUUAUUAACUCAACACAAGAUGAUGGCUGGUAUGGCAAAGACAAUGGGUGGAAGUAUGAAGAAUAUGCAAAAAGCACAAGGUGCAAUGGGAGGUGCAAACAAACAGCAACAAAUGGCCGCUAUGCAAAAGAGACUCGCUUCGAUGGGAGGCGGUGGAGGCGGUGGAAUGCCAGAUUUGAGUAGCAUGAUGAAAAUGCUCGGUGGUGGUGGUGCUGGGGGCAUGCCCGGUGGUAUGCCUGACAUGUCUAGUCUGAUGAAAAUGAUGGGUGGCGGCGGUAUGCCUGGAAUGCCUGGAAUGCCCGGUAUGGGAGGCGCUCCAGCGGGUAGAGGGGGCAGAAGGUAA